ACACCGAUUGACUGAUUGGGAAUUGUUUUGUUUUAAAAACGUAAAACAUGGAAGAAUCAUCGAAUGUACAAGUUAAGAUGGAGCAGCAGAACAUCAAGGAACGUUUAAAUUUACAUGUCAAGCGACGCUUGCAACAGGAUGCGGACAAUCCCAUCGAGAGUACAGAGUUAUUGCCGAGUAAUCCAAACCCGAAGCGCAGCAAGGGAAAAGAUGAUUCCAAGCCCCGAAAACCCUAUCAAAAGCGCGCAGAAAAACCCAAAACGGAGGCAACAAAGUGCAAGAAAGUUGGACAACUCGGCAGUCCGGCUGCGGAAACGGAUCCCUUGGAUGAACAGGAACCAGAGGGCAUUAUUCUGGAGGCGACGGACGGCAAAUCCGUAAGACGGGACUGUUGCAAAAACGCCGACAUCCUGAACAUGGUAUUGAACGUUAAAAAACGCACUCUAAUGCAGGAUCCCGAAGUUCAAGCCUUCUGGACCAAAAUAAUGACAGCCAUUAAAAGCUGAAUAAAAGUAUAAUGCUUACAAUCGGCGCCGAUCAGGGUAUAGCUAUACCAGUUAAUCGAGAGUAAAAGGGUAUAUUGGAUUCAGUAUGUAAUAGGAACAAUCCCUUUUCCGACCCUAUAAAGUUGGUAUUUAUAAUCUUGAUGAGGAUCACUAGCCAAAUCGAUUCAGCAGCAUUUGUGCGUAUGAACGCUAAAACUUCGGAAACUCCUUUGGAUAUUCCAGCAGCGCAAGUUUGUUAACGUUUAAAAAGGACUGUUAAAUUUGCGGACAAUACACAUCCCAUGCCAAAUGUUGAUCAAAUCGUACCAUGCAUGAAAAAGUUUUAAGGAAAUAAAGGUAUCCACGCCCUUCAAUCUCGAAACCCGUGGCUUUGCCGCUUGAAAGUCUUGAUCUCUUUCGCACAUUCAUUAGUCGAGUAAUGGGUUUAUGAUAGUCGAGGCACCCGACAAUAGUGUUUUCUCUUGCUUUGAGUUGUUAUGUUAAUAUAAAAAGAAGUUAUUAAGUAACGAGGUGUAAGUAAAAUGAAGUACAACAAACCAACACAAAAAAACCCAAAGAAAUCAGUACAGGUGACACGUUGGCCCAAAACACAAACAAUAAUUUGGGAUGUUAGCCUUUUCAAUACAUAUAUAAUUUAAUUUGAAAUAUUUCAGAAUCUUUAAGUACUUAAACAAUAACAAUAACAAAUUGUGGCAUAAACAAAUGUUUGUUUAUAUGUAUAUAACAAUUUCGAGUUAUCACUGGUUUCGAAUGGACUAUGAUGGCAGAUUUUCACUUCUGCGGUUAUACAAAUAUGUUCCAAUUUCUACAAUAAUUGAAUUCUGUUUUUAAAAGUUAUUAGGGUUACUUAUUUAGUAACUAAAGUACGCCCAACAUGCGCACGGUAUUUACAACCUAGGUGCAUUUACCAAAAAAGUAGAAGAAUUAAACGGCAACAAAAAUAGCACUAUUGAUGAUUUAAAGGAUAAGUACUUUAAUUUGAUUCCAUAAAUAAAAUGAAAGUGAAAUAUGGGUCAACAAACUCGUUUUAGGAAUGCCGCAAUGACCUCAUAGCUGUCAAAAGGUCAGGUGCAUGAAUGCAAGUAGGUCCCAUUAGGCGUUCUAUGAGAAGUAUGAAAUUACGUAGAUAAACAUUUUAUAGGCGCCUGAAGUCUUAAUAAAAUGUCCCUUGACUGGGAGCGCAGUAAGGGUCAACACAUUUUUACUCCGGUUAACGAUCUUAAAAGAAUAAACAUGGUGAGUCUAGUAACUAUAAGGGCACGGCCAUGUUUAUCAUACUAUUGUGUACGUUCAUAUCAUUAGGAAAACCAAUAAAAGAUCAACUUAUUUACGUUGAAAUGCUACCUUAUUCGGAAUACAAAAUAUAUUUGAUUUGGGAGUUCCACCAGGAUUAUAAUCCAAAACAAAUUGGAAAGAGAGUCGUCUGAAGGUUUGCAGCCAUAAGAUGGAAAACCCCAUUACAAAUCUUUGGAAAAAAGUUUAAAAAACACGUUUUUAAUGCAAAACUAAGGAAAAAGACUCCCCAUGAUCCAUUUUGGAAGAGUCAUGCAAGGAAAGAUUCUACAGUCUUUUGACUUAAAAGCAGGAGCGUUUUUGAUGUUGUUGUAGCUGAAGCUUAUGUUAUGUUUAUAAAUUUUAGUAUUAAUGUACACACGGUCCCUGGCAUGCAAGAAAUGCUGCUGAACAAUUUAAAUUAGUCCAGCUCCUUUUAAUUGUAAGGUUUAAUAAUAGACUAAUAAAAAUGGGUUUUUAUUCGGUAAUAAUAAAGAUAA